AUGCUGUCUACCGAAUCACCCCCAAAGCAUGAUCACAACGGCCUCAAGUCUUGGUGGGCAAGCUUCACUGCGGCGGGGCCCAAGCCCAAGCAACAAGACAACGAACCACCGCACCCUGUGUUUGGGAAGCCUUUGAAGGAGAGCUUGAAAUAUGCUUCCGUCCAAAUAUCCACGGCAAAUGCGAAUGGCGAACUCUAUGUGUGGGGCUAUAUUCCCGUGGUGGUAGCCAAAACUGGGCUAUAUCUGAAGGAAAACGCUACCGAAGUACCUGGGACUUUCCGUGUCAGUGGAUCGAGCAGGCGUAUGCGCGAGUUGCAAGCUCUCUUCGAGACACCGCCACGAUACGGGAAAUCGUUGGACUGGAAGCAAGAGUCUUAUACGACACAUGAUGUAGCAAGUGUGUUUCGACGAUACCUUACUCAGAUGCCCGAACCUGUCAUUCCUCAUGCUAUGUAUCAUGCAGUUCGGGAUGCGUUUUCGAAAGUGCCCUUCAAUCAAGAUGAAGUGAUCGCCACCUACAAACGUCUCAUCCGUUCAAUGCCUCGUGCAAACCAAUACCUCCUUCUCUAUGUCCUCGAUCUUCUCUCAGUUUUCGCCCGUAAAUCCGACAAGAAUCUCAUGACCGCUUCCAAUCUCGCCGUUAUAUUUCGUCCUGGCCUCAUAUCACAUCCAGCCCACGAGAUGAGCCCUUCCGAGCAUGACCUCAGUCAACGGGUACUUGAAUUCUUGAUCGCACAGCAAGACUGGUUCAUGCUUGACAUUCCACCGCCGCCGGUAGGACAUGAACCAGGUUCCCCCGACUCUUGGGAUGAUGGCGACGACAGCGCUGUUGGUGGAUCGUGGCGAGUAGUCAGCAAACCAGAUGCCCCGCCCCCGAUGACAAGGCGGAAGACAACCAUCGAUUCGACGGACUCUUCCCGGGACCACGAAAGCAGUCUCUCCCCUGUUAAAGAGUCUCCAGAAGAUGGCACCGCCACAGUCACGCGACGACGAACAUUGCCUUCUGGCAGAACGACCCAUCACGCGAACACUGAGGACGGUUUCCACCGACCAAAGGUGCUCAAGAAGCAAAAGCGCUCCUCCUCGUCCCAGCCCAAGGCGAAAGAAAAGGAAGAGGACUAG